AUGGCAGCGAAUGAUUUCAUCUCCAGUCUUGUCACUGCUGACCCAGGUCUACCGCGGCCCAAUCCCACCCAAUCAUACUGGCAACACAUCCCACAUGCUCUCGCCGAUGUCCAAUCGUCGGAGUUACCAACUGACCGAGAUUUUGCGAUCAUUGGAUCCGGUAUCACGGGUCUCGCAGUAGCAAAGUCACUCUUAGAGCGCCACCCCACUGCCACAGUAACCGUUUUAGAAGCUCGCACGCUAUGUUCGGGGGCAACUGGACGCAAUGGUGGGCAAAUGGCCGCUAAUGCCGGAGAGCAAUAUAUGAAUCUAGCAGAGACUCAUGGGACCGAAACCGCCGGCAAAAUUGUGGAUUUCACAUUCCGCAAUCUGGAGAAGAUGCGGGAAUUGAUUGAGGAGUAUGACGCCGCAGAGCUGAGUGAGAUGCAGCAACUACAAAAGCUGCGGGUUUUCUUGACCGAAAAGAAAUUUGAUGAUUUCAAGAAAAGCAUCGCCCGCCUAGAAAUGGACCAUCCUUCUAAAAAGGGUCUGUAUACGAUUCUGGACGCAGAUUCUGUGGUCAAAGAAUAUGGGAUCCAUGGAGCAUGUGGCGGAGCAUUGCUUCCUGCUGGGACAGUCUGGCCAUAUCGUCUUGUUACCAAGGUCUUCGCCGCACUGUUGGAGAAAUACCCAGGGCGGUUGACAAUCGAGACACAUACACCGGUCCAAUCCGUUGAGUAUAGUUCAAUACCCACUUCACCCACCACGAGUGUUUGUCCAUACACACUGCACACUUCUCGUGGUCCUCUACGAGCAGGGACUGUAGUUCAUUGUACAAAUGGAUACAGUGGGCAUCUCCUCCCUCGGCUAAGAGGGCUUGUCCACCCUUUCAAAGGCACAAUGACAGUUCAAAAUCCGCAGAAUGCUGUGUCAAAUCAAGGUACUGCUGUAUCUUGGGGCUUCCACUACCCUCCAACCUAUAACCCCGAAACCAAACGGCUUGGAUAUGGGCUCUACUAUCUAGCACAAAGUGCCAAAAGCGGCUACUUUUACUUCGGUGGUGAGAAUGCUCGCCUUGAAUAUUCGAUUUCCGGCGACGACAGUUUCGUGAGUCCAGAUUCCGUUGGGCAUCUAAAAGAAGUCCUCCCGGCAUUCUUUGGUAAGGACAACAAAUCCAAUUGGUCUCUAGUAAGCUCAUGGAGUGGAGUCAUGGGUUAUUCCUCAGAUGGCCUUCCAAUGGUUGGGCGGCUGUCUUCUAGGCUCACGGGUCGGAAGGGUGACGGUGAAUGGAUUGCCGCUGCAUUCAAUGGAUACGGUAUGGCGAACAGCCUGCUAAGUGGCGAGGCAUUAGCUUUGAUGGUUUUGGGCGAGGAUGUGAAUGAUUGGCUCCCAAUUGCAUACGGACUAGGUGAACAGAGACUCCGAGAAACGCUCACAGUUUCAAAGACCGUCAAUUCCCUUAAGUCGAAGCUAUAA